UUCCGUCUAAAUUUAGGGGUUUAGGGGUUAGGGUUUCUUUUCGGAAACUACGACGACAAAUUUAUCUCCUGCCAGCGCCUGCAAAUCACAACUGAAGAAGAUGGGAAAAGCUAAGAAAUCUCCUAAGUUUGCUGUCAUGAAGAAAAUCGUCACCCAUAAAGCAAUUAAACAGUACAAGGAGGACGUCUUGAACCCUAACAGGAAAGACUUGACUAAGGAGAAACUUCCCCGUAAUGUGCCGCAAGUUUCAUCAGCGCUUUACUUCAAGCACAAUACUGCUUUAGGGCCGCCUUACCGAGUAUUGGUGGAUACUAACUUCAUUAAUUUCUCCAUCCAAAAUAAAUUAGAUUUGGAGAAAGCAAUGAUGGACUGCUUGUAUGCAAAAUGCACUCCUUGCAUUACAGAUUGUGUUAUGGCAGAGCUUGAGAAGUUAGGUCAGAAAUACCGAGUUGCUUUGAGAAUUGCCAAGGAUCCUCGAUUUGAAAGGCUUCCCUGCAUACACAAAGGAACUUAUGCUGAUGACUGUCUUGUUGACAGGGUUACACAGCAUAAGUGCUACAUUGUUGCAACCUGUGAUCGGGACCUGAAGAGAAGAAUCCGUAAGAUCCCUGGUGUGCCAAUUAUGUACAUUACAAAGCACCAAUAUUCCAUUGAACGGCUACCUGAGGCUACAAUUGGUGGAGCUCCAAGAAUUUAAAACUAGGGUCUUCAGAAGUUAAAAAUCUCUGGGGCUCAUUUGCUCGAUAACCACCAUAGAAAAGUUCCACCGUGAGACAACACUUUGUUUAUUAGCUUAGAACAUUUAUCCGGGCGUUGCAAGUGGGUUGAUGCUGAGUAUAUAUACAGGUGCGAAGUCACCAGGAUGUCUGAACUUAUGGCUAAUGGAGCCUGUUCUGAAACAUUAUUUCAAUAUAGCUAUUGUAAUGUAGCUGAUAUUUGGUGCAAUAGUUGGACUAAAUACUGUAAACAACAUGAAAUCUUGUCACUUGUAUUACAAGUUAGGUAAAAACUUACAAAAUCUCAAGUUUUGGAAAUUCUAUAUUUUUUAAAA